GAAAUGGAAGACUUUGUCCAGAGCUCUGGAGAAAAUGGUGUUGUGGUGUUUUCUCUGGGGUCAAUGGUCAGUGACAUGACAGAAGAAAGGGCCAAUGUGAUUGCUUCAGCUCUUGCCCAGAUCCCACAAAAGAUUAGAUAAAGUGCCUCAAUGAUUAUAUGGAGAUUUGAUGGCAAGAAACCAGAUACCUUAGGACAUAAUACUCAGCUGUAUAAGUGGAUACCACAAAAUGACCUUCUUGGUCAUCCAAAAACCAAAGCUUUUAUAACUCAUGGUGGAAACAAUGGCAUCUAUGAGGCGAUCUACCAUGGGAUCCCUAUGGUGGGCAUUCCUCUGUUUGCGGAUCAACCUGAUAACAUUUCUCAUAUGAAGAACAAGGGAGCAGCCAUUAGCUUGGACUUCCACACAAUGUCAACUGUAGAUUUGCUCAAUGCACUGAAGACAACAGUAAUUAAUAAUCCUUUAUACAAAGAGAAUGCUAUGAGAUUGUCAAAAAUUCAACAUGAUCAGCCAAUGAAGCCCCUCGAUCGAGCAGUGUUCUGGAUCGAGUUUGUCAUGCGUCACAAAGGAGCCAAACACCUUCGGGUUGCAGCCCAUAACCUCACCUAUUUUCAGUACCACUCUUUGGAUGUGAUUGGGUUCCUGCUGGCCUGUGUGGCUGCUGUUAUCUUCAUCAUCACAAAAUGUUGCUUGUUUUGUUUCUGGAAGUUUGCUAAAACAGGAAAGAAGGGGAAAAGAGAUUAAUUGUGUCAAAGGUCUAAAGCUGGUA